CGAGAAUGCAACAAAAAAAUUAUUUCCUGUUGUAUUUAGCAUCAAUUUUUAUAUUUGGAUUUAUUUCUGCAUAUAUCAGUGUUUAUUGUUAACUAAAUAAACGAUUGACUACAAGUGUUAUUUACUAACAAGUGAGGAAUACUAGCAGACAGCAAGUUAUCCAUCAUGUCAACUUAACCAACGCACCCAAAAAAGGCAACAAAAUGUUCACAAACACACUGGAUUUCGUCUGCGACUACUGCUCGCGAACUUUCACUAGAAAGUACAAUUUACAAACACAUAUAGAAAACUGUCAUAUCAAUUCAUCUUGUCAAUGUGAGAUCUGUGGUCAGAAUUUUGGCAGUCCAGCCGGGUUGCUUCAACAUUUGGGCCGAGGACAUAAUUCUUACAGCCAACCAUUCCCAGAAUGCGACCUCUGUGGUCGUAUCUUCACUAGAAAACAGAAUAUAGUCUCUCAUAUGAUAACAGUCCAUUUACAAGGGUUGGGGUAUGCUAUCAAGUGUCGCUUAUGUGAAAAAACAUUUACAACGGAACGAAAUUUGAAACGGCAUAUGAAUCAGUUGCAUAAUCCUGAUAUUGAGUAUCCAACUUGUAAUGAUUGCCAUAAGGUUUUCAGAGGAAAACAUUCUUUAAUAGCUCACAUACAAUCCGUUCACAGCGCCACAGAGAAAGAUGUGAUAAAAUGCCACUUAUGUGAAAAAGUUUACACGAACAACAGAAACUUGAAACGUCAUGUUGAAAUGUUUCACGGUGAAAAAGGAGAAUUUAGAUGUGAUAUAUGCCCUAAAGUCUACACAUCUAACCAGAGUUUAAGACGCCACGCUAGAACCAGACACAGUACUGAUAACCAGGAACAAUUGACUUGUAACUUCUGUAUGAAGGUCAUAAUCGGUAGAGAGAACUUCGAAAGUCAUAUACAAUUCCAUCACCAAGAAUUAGAAGUUGAGAUAAAGAAGGAAUUCGCUUGCGAAACUUGCGGGGAAAGUUUCUUAGAAGAACCAUAUUUAAGACAGCACGUGAAAACCGAACACUCGUUUAAAACGUUCUACAAGUAUUGUAAGAAGUCUUUAUUAAAACAGUAUAAGGUUGAUAAUCAUACAAUUUACAACUGCGAAUUUUGUCACAGUUCAUUUUUAACAGUUUACGAACUUAAAGACCAUAUGCGCCUAAAUCACGAUACGGAAUACUCUCUGUCGACUUGUAACGUGUGUUUCAACAAGUUUUUCAGCAAAGAAUCUAUGUCUGCACACAAGACUGUCUGCAUACCACCUGCAAACGUUAACAAAUGCAGUCACUGCGAUAAAUUGUUCACGGAUAUAUCCAGUUUGGAAUUUCAUACAAGGAUUUUUCAUCCUCAAGCUCAAAUCGCAGAUUCUAAUAUAUCUUCGACUAAUAUGGAAGACGAUUCAGUCUCUUUUAAGUGUGAACAUUGUGAUAGAAUUUACUACAGCGACAGAUCUUUAAAACAUCAUAUAAAACUUAAACAUACAACUGAUGAGGAGGUAGAGUGCCAACUAUGCGGAAAAAUUUGCAGCAACAAGUAUUAUUUAGCGUCUCAUAUUAAAAUCGUUCACAACAACGAUUCGUGGUCCCGUUGUGAAUACUGUGACAAACAAUUCAAAUCUAAAAGAAAUAUACGCCGUCAUAUAGAGUAUACGCAUUUAGGAAUGCAAAGAUACAAGUGUAUAGAAUGUGAAACGCUAUUCAAAGAGAAAAGAAGUCUCAGAAAACAUGUGAGGACGAAACAUCCUAACUCUGCAACGUUUCCGCAAUGCCAUAUUUGUCAUAAGCGGUUUGAGUCUGCGAAAUCUUGUAAGAUCCACCUAAAAUUGCUACACUCUUUCAAUAUGAAUACUUACCCUUGUGAUCUAUGUUCGGUCUCGUUCGGAUCUAACGAGGCUUUGUCGAUACAUCUCCAAACUAAACACUUAGCCGAAGACGAGAUUUACAAAUGCGAGGAAUGCAACUUAGUCUUUAAGGGACAUGAAAAAUUUGAGGCCCACAACGAAAUAUGUCACGUGAACUUAGUUCCUAAUAUUAAACAGAAAAUCUUACCUCGCUGUAUUCUCUGUAUGAAGGAUUUUAGUACUAGAAAAACUUUGAAACGUCAUAUUAAGAAAUUUCAUGAGGAUUUUGACGUGGAUGAACUUGCUACUUUUGGGUCUAGACGGCGCACUUUCACAGUAGAAUGCGAAAACUGUGUUAAAAACUUUAAUGAUGAGUUUUACUUCAAUAUCUAUAAUAAAUUAAAACAUUUGCCCGAUUCUGUGAUUUUCAAAUGCGAGUUUUGCUAUGUUUCGUAUAAUUCUUUAGAAUUUGCGAUUCAGAGGUAUAAAGUUACUAACGCAGAUGGUUGCAAAAGUAAAAUGAUUUUAAGUGAGUUAUGUACGGCAGAAAUGAGUGAGGAGGAAAAUGAUUUUUCUAAUUUCGGGGCGUUACAUGAUAUGUUACCUGAAAGUACGACUGCGGAUAUUAAGUUAGAACCUCCUGAGGAGUUGAAUGAGAUCCAAAUUAAGUUGGAACCGGCUUCGCCUUGAAUUAGUUUGAAGAAAUUUCGAAAUAUCUUCAAAUAUGUGGUACUUAUAUUAUAAUCCAUUUGAGAAGACACUUAACCAAAGGUUAACAAUCUUCGAAUGUACAUUUCAUAAAAAUACAACUGGGGGGAAUAGCCGCGAAUCGCUUCGAGAAAAGGCCAUCCUUUUCUCGGCCGUGCCCGCUUUGCUCGAGACUUGGCUGCGGCACUGCCGUGCCCCCAGAAACAAAUGACAACAAAUUAACUUCUGCCUAAAAUAAUGAUUCUUAGUUUUUGUAAUAUUUUUAUUUCCUUUUUUAUUUUUGAAAUGUAUUUUAAUCAAGAUUGUUGUCUUUAGUUAAGUACCUUCUCAAAUACAGUUAAAAUCAUGCUCAAAAAAGAGUCGUUUGAUGCCCCAAAAAUUGCAAUAAUGUUUUGUAACUGUUGUUUAUACAAUAGAAGUAUUAUUGAAGAAAUCUGUCAACGAAAGAGAUCUGAUGUAGAAAGACUGAAACUUAGAGCUCUGCCUCAUUAGGACACCAACGUGGACGUCGCCGGCUACGUAUCCAAACAGUUAAUACUGAAAUGUAUGGUACCUUACUCAUUUGGCGACGUCGGCAAAUUGGAAUCGUGGCUACGAGCUACAGUUCCCUACGUGGCCUCUGUAUACCCUGGCUGCUUGGCGAUGUAGCCACUAAUGCUACUAUAAUGUACAUGGUAAAGUGCACCUCGCUCACUCAGUCGCCAGCGUGUUCGCCAGUCAGCAUGCGAUUUCUUCUACGAACUGACUGUCGAAACGCCAUGGCCACUACUUGGCGACCUUCGGAUGCCAGAAGUAGUCAAGCCAGCGUCGCUGGCGAAGUCGCCAUGGCGUCUUAAUGAGGCAGAGCUCUUAGACUCAACUAAAGCGCAGCGGAGAAGUUUUUAAAUAACUAACUUAAUAACUACUCGGAUGCUCUUUGGUGGGUAUGACAAGUGAGAUGGUUGUUUUUGUAGAUGUAAGAUUGAGUCAGUCUUAAAUUCGUGUAAAUACAUAUAGUAUGUAUGUUAACUAAGCAGCCGGAUGAAUAUUUAUAAGUAAAAAAAUUGUGAAUCUAAUUAGUAUGAAAUAAUGGCUGGCAGGUUCCCAGCCGCCAUUAGGUUUGACUUGUACUAUACCUAGUUUAGUAUUAUAGAGAUAGAAAUGUUUAAGAAAAUUUUUAUUCAUUUAGUUUUGACUGAUAAUCUCAUACUUGAGUAAGUUUUAGAGCAGUGGUUCUUAACCGGUGGUCCGCGGACCACUGGUGGUCCCUGGAGGCAUUCCAAGUGGUCCGCGAAGCUUAGCUUCGCGACGUUGCUAUACGUUAACUAACUUUAUUUUUAUCGACUUAUAAUUGCGAGCGGGGGUUUUCGCAUGGACGUAUAUCGGGUGUGUCGUACCUAGUCCCCCCAUUCAUAAAAAUGUUUGGGCUACAUUUUACGUAAUUUUGGUUUUGAGUCUUAAAAAAUAAUUAAAAUUUCGCGCUCGCUUCGCUCGCGUAUUCAAAAACUGUAUGCCCUUAUUUUUGCAUUUGUCAGCAAACAAAAGGUUAAGUACGUUUGGGCAAAAUUUUACGUAAUAUUUGGUUGUAGUCCGAUAAAAAUUUUGCUCUCGCUUCGCUCGCGUAUUCAGAAACUAUAUACCCUUAUUUUUGCAUUUG